UCAGUCUCAAACACCAAAACCCAUACUCUUCGGACACUGCUAGCAAUUUCAUUGCGAACUCGAAUAACAUAGUAUAUCUCAAGGGCCGGACCUAUCGAUUGUUUCCCGUACAAAGCCUUCGCCCGCCUCCUCAUCAUGGCCGACGCUUCCUGCAGCGGCUCUACGCCGUUCAAGGGCCUCGUCGACCAUGGCGCUCAAGAUCGAAGCCUGCACCGAGAUCGGUUUUCCAGUGCUCCUAAUCCCCAGCAAGGAUUUCGAUCUACAACUCAAGCCUUUUCGGCGCCGGCUCAAGCAGGCUUUGGCGAAUUCCUUGACUCCAACGGAACUGGACAAGUCAGCCUCAACACUCCCCAAACCCACAGCUCGCCCAUAUCAAGCUUCCCUCAAGGACUACAAUCAUUCCACACAUCAGCGGCUCCUGACAGUCGGAUGUUUUCUCCCAGCCCCUUCCAAUCUGCGUCUCUGAUUCCGACAGCUUCCCGGCAAGAUGGGUCUAUUACAUCGUCACCGAGAGCAUCGAGCUGGGCGCAAGAUUUUGCAACUUUCUCUAGGGCGCCGCCAGGUUCUGGAAGUCACAUGACAGGUUUUCCUUCUUCGCAAUAUCGAGCGCCUCCAGCCGGACUGACGCAGAAUAUGAUGGGGUCGCAUUCAAGACCUUGGUUGUUCGGGCCUCAAGGCGGUUCUGCAGCCGGUAUAAAUCACGGAGUUACAAGCACCGAAGCUGAUUUUGAUCUUGAGAUGAAUCGGUGGAUGGCGGCCAAUGGUGACGGGCAGAUGGAGGAUCUGGACACCGUCAUGGAACAGCUUGCGCGGGAACUGGAGCAAGAUCAACAAACGGAAGACGCCACACAAUCAUCCAGGGGUACCAUCGGCGGCUUUGUGGAUACUGCCACAACCUCUACAUCAGAUGCUUCCGUGCAAGGUGAAGCCCAAAGGAUACAAGCAUUCGCUGUCACGGCUUCAACAACACAACAAGCAUCCGGCGCACCCUCGGUACUUGAGACUGAUGCCGUCAAUGUACCAACAAAAGCAAGUUUUUCGGACCACAUGCCCGACUUGGAACGCCUAGGCCUCAACGAAGCAGAUCAACCACCUGCAGAACACGGCCAGUCAACUUCGGAUAUUUCGGAGGCAGCGAGGCAGAUCCUCGACUCGGUUCAACAUGAACAAGGAGACAAAUGGAAAAAUUCUCGGUUCUUGUCACUCAUGAAGGACUUCAGGGAUGGGCAUAAAGACAUCAUCAACAACGAAAUUCUCGAAACUAGUGUUGGUGGCGAGCGAAUGGGUGGGGACUGACUUGGGACCUUGGGUGCUCUUAGGCACCACCUAGUCACCUCAGUCGCAUUGUCCAAGUGCCACCACCGCAAAGCUCUGACACAAGACCUGCUUCAUUGUGAAAAGGGGGUUACCGCGCAAAGACGACGUUCGACGCUGCUGUAUUUAUAUAUAAUAAUAAGGAUUGCUAGGCAGGCAUUCAUCAUAGAGCCGAAACGGUCGGUAAACAUUGUUGACACAGCAACAGACCAAGUGAUGUUCCAGCGAUCGCCAUGUGUGUAACACGACAAAGCGUUGUCGAAAGACUUGCAACACAGGCGAGGCCUUGAAAAGGCUGACUCAGAGAGGGAGAGCUGAAGGCCGGUUUGGGACGACGGCUAUUACCGACACGGCGAGGCCGGUAGUAUCAAUGUGUGCUACAUAUACAUCAUGUCAGAUUUGACAGCGUAGGUGUACUGAUGUGGUAGGGUGGGCAUCGUAAAUGCAGGAAGAACAAUUUA